UUGCCUCAAUGCAAACACAAUCUCGCCUGCAAUGUUACAAAGGUUGUCAAAGGUUGAUCAUCGGUUAAUUGAUAACGGGAAGUAUUUCUGCCUGUUUUGAUAGCAACUAGUACAAGAUCAGCCCCUCGACCCAGCGCGAUAAGCAGUACGCGCGACGCAUUCUAUCUGUUUUGGCCUAAAUGGUAGGACUUGAACGCGCAUCGCCCUUCUUAUCUCGGCUGGGAACCGUGAUUCGUAGCUUUUUUAAUCUCAUACAGUAUUGAAAUCUGCGGCAUCUUUCUAAUCUGGUUGUGCUGAACGUGAAGUCAACGUGCCUACUAUAAUGUGAAAAGUGGACAGCAUAUUACUGCACCGCAUUUUCAGGAUACUGUAAAUUGUUUAGGUCCUUUCGAGUGAUCCGUGUCUCAAGAAGAUGGGAGCUUUACUCGGUAUUCCACAGAGGUUCUGCCCUGGUGAAAACGAGACCAACUGGGCCGAUGGGUCAUUAACAUCAGAGCUGGCUAAAUAUCCGCUCUUCACUUUGCUAUUUUCCUAUGCGGCCGUGGCGAGUUUCACAGUCAUCGUAAUAUUCUUAGAAGCUGCGUUCUUUACGGCAACGCGGGUCCCACGUUCGUCCGUGGCCAAUCAUCGCCUCAACACCGUUAUCAUGAUGUCUGCUUUUCCGGCUUUUGUACUGCUCUGUCUACCAGCAGUCCUGAUUCCGAGUUCUGCUGGAUUUUGUCUGGCACUGCAAGACUUAUACUACUCCUUCGUCAUGUUCAAGUUCAUCGUGCUCCAAGUGGAUUACUACGGGGGGCAUCGGAAAAUGAUGGCGCGGCUGGCUGCCGAGAAAGUCAUGUUCAACAUCAAUGUGCCGAUACUCUGCUGCUUAUUUUGCCUCAAACCGGUCCGUCUGACAAGGAAAAGUUUCACGACGAUCAAGAUUCUGGUGCUCCAAACUUCCAUCCUUAAACCGAUAAUGACGUUUUUCAGAGCAAUCGCUGGUUUUGCGAAUGUGAACCUGCUCGGCGUGCCGGAUUUGAUCCUGCAAGCCUUGACUGUCGUGUCCACAAUGACGGCAGUGACAGGAAUGAACAUGCUCACCAAGGCAUCGAGUAGCAAGGAUCUGGAGAAAUAUGACCUGCCUGCUAAGAACCAGCUCAUGACUGCCGGCCUGUUGAUGAACGGGCUUCAGCCAACUCUCAUCUCCCUGGGGACAGUCUUUAGACCCCUAGGUUGCUUCAUCCCUUUCCCUUCACCUUUGCUGGCCUCGCAGUGGCAGGCGUUCCUUGUGAUUCUGGAGUCUACAUUGAUAAUGAUCCCUGUCCUGAGAUACUACAGGACGGCUGACAGCAACGUGGUGGGCGUACCCCCGCCUAUCGAGGAGGACGAGGAAGAGCCAACGACGCAACUGGGGAAGAUGCGACAAUGGAUCAGACGACACACACUGAUGUAAAGCAAGGACAGGUGAACGUAAAUCGCUCGCAGCUUCAUUAACUUAAAGAGACCAGGUGGUGGUAGUGGUAGACAUGCUCUCUUUUUUGGAAACUCAUACUCGUCUUCAGCGAAUGAAAACAAUUUGACGUCCUUCUAGCGGAUUCGGUUUAUUGAAAAAUGUGCUGUUUUAAAGAGUCAAACAUGUCAAUGCUUUUCAGCGCAAUACGUGUCGAAGGAGUUGUUGCUCUGAUGUCAAUCAUCAGGAAAGACACUGUUCAGUGCUGUAGAUUUUUCUGUUCAUAUUGGGAAUCCAAAUGUGCUCACUCAAUGCGUCACUGAGAAAGGGUUGCCGGUUGCAAUGAAUUUAAGCAACAGUGAAUCACCAAGUGAAGGGAUGUUUAGAUCUGCAAAAUAUCAAACAUUUCAGUGUUUGAGAGCACAGAUUAGUGAAACAUUGAAGUUUUCUCUCUUGAGUGUCAUCAUAGUUUUGCUCAUAAAUAUUUACUUUGCAUUAGCAUAAGAACCAAAAGAGUACCAAAUAUUUUGUAUAAAAUGGCAAAUCAGAAUUGACAAUAAGGUUAGCUCUGCGAUGCAUAUUUGCAAGGACUGUGGUAAAAAUGCAUUGCAUAGACCCUUUAAAUGUGAUCACAUGUUCCAAAACUAGGCUGAGGAAUUACAAAGAUGUAUUAUCUGGAAAUGACAUGAACAUAUACACAUAAAUGAGGCAAAUUCUAUAUUGGCCCAGUACCUGCAAUGUCAGAAACUUUCUGCAGAAAAACCUUUGAGAUGGAUCUAACAGUGGAGAGAAAACUUGUCAAACGUCAAAAGUUCAUGUUUCAGCAUGGUUUCGGGGUAUUUGGUCACAACUGUGAAUUUUAUUUGGCAACACACACUAUUCAAGUGGAUGAUUUUAAUGGGUAAUAUUUCGGAAACGGUGGUGUAAAUUGUGUAGUUACAAUAUGUCAGUUACUACACUAAUAACGUUGGACAGCUGAGUUUGUCAUGAAUAAGCCUUUUGCGAGUUAAAUUCGAAUGAAACCUGAUACACUAAGUUAUGAUUGUACAUGAACAUAACCAUUUGAAUUACCCAGACUAAGGGUACUGUUGCUAUACCUCGUGUUUCGGGCAAGCUUUUGCACUGCGACCGCCCUUUCUGGUAUGGACUGGUUUCUUUGUGCCCUUCUUAUCCAUUCAAAGUAGUGCAUUGGUGCAAGGCGUCUCUUAUGUAACAAAGCAAAAGCCAUGAGGUAUAACAACAGUGUCUUUAGUGUGGAUAAUUUAAACUGUAACAUUAACGCGAAAACAGAGAAUUCAGUGUAAAAUUACUCGCGAAAGGUUAACUGGUCAAUACAUUUGCUAUUUAAAUGGGUCGGUUUUAUGAAACUGAUUUACCGUUCAGAUGUUUUCACCAUCAUGAUGGUUAAAUAUAGAUUUCGCAACUCCUGCAGAUCAACAAAAAGCUCAAGUAUCGUUUUACAUGCGUGACAGUUCGGGCAAAUUGUCUUCUCUAGGUGCCAGGUUUGGCAAGCAGGCCCCGCAUUUUGCACACGCAUUGGAAUAGUUCAUGGAAAUGUCUUUACCCUCUCCAUGCACUGGUGGAUUCAAGGGAGGGGCAACAGGGCCAUUUCCGGACCCCCCCCAGCCAGAGAGAAAACAAUGAAACAUAACGAGACUGGCGGCUUCUGUGGUUUAUUUAUUCCUAACGCAUGCGUGUAAAAAGUCAAAUGUAUCCUCACCCUUCAGAGGGGAAGAAACAAAGUUUCCACUCCACUCCCCAAAACAUGGUUCCUUCACUGAGAUACUGCUGGACGGCCGAUGGUAACGUAGUGGGCGUGCUUCCGCCCCUCACUCAAGAGGAAGAGGAACCCAACACGGGAAACGAGAAGAUGAGGCAGUGGAUACGCCGCCACACCCUCAUGUGAUGCCGUUCAGAUUCUUCCCCUUCUCAUUACUUCAAGAUGACACGCCCCUCUUUAAUCCAUAUGAGUGUGUGCAGAAUGAUAGGACUGAACUCUUCUCAUGUAGUCACUUGUUCUUUCAGAGUUGCUCAAUUUCUCCCGUUUCGUGGAUUAAUGCGACUCCAGUUUUACAUGAAACGUUUACUGUGUUUAAAAGAAUUCCUUUGUGCUUCUUUUGAUUUUGUACUCCGAUGCGGUUCUUAAAGCGAUUCAAGUUACUUUUUUAGAGGUUUUGUAAAAUUUAUUUCACAUCUAUGAGACGUUUCUUCAAUCUGAUUUGGUUUGCAUGAUAUUGCGACAGUGAACAUCACCAUUGUCCUUGGAACAAUCUCUGCAAGAUACAAGUAGGCUAUUUUCUAUAUGCUGAACGAUGUGGGCUGUUACUUUGAGCUUCUUUAACAUGUACAAUACUGAAAGUAAAUCUCUCAAUGAAAAAUUUCGACACUGUUUAGGUAGUAAAGUGUCUUCCAAGGUAUACUAUUAUUAAAACACUAGAGUGUCUGUCAAUGUGUUUAGCACAAAGUAUUUUACCAAGUCUAUAGAACACACGGGUAGUACUACUCUAUUAUGCUGCAGUUAGUGUGUAUCGAGUAGGAAUAUGAUGUCUUGUAUUGCAAACAAAUACGACAAUGCACUAUUAGGCGAAAAGUAUUUUCCAUGCGUUUCAUUCACAGAUUGGCUAUGCUACUGGGAGCCAUUGUAACUCUAUAAGUUCAAUUUAUGCAAACAUUCUGCAGGGCAGUUCUUAUGGAAAGGGUCCAGUGUUUCUAGUACUUUUUUAAAGAGUGAGGCAGCUUUGCAAGAAUUACUUGUAACUGUUUUAUUAAAGAAGGUAAACGGUCUUUGUGCUGACGUUGCAUUUCUAGGUUUGAAUAUUUAAUACUGAAUUGUAACAAAUAUCUUCAGUUCAUAAGUAAUGAUGAAAAAUUGAUGAUAGAUGACGCUGGUUCGUUUACAUCUUUCGAUAGUAUUCAUCAUGAGGGAAAGGAAAACUAUUCACAGGACACUAUUGUUUAGAAUAUAACAAUAACCCAAUUUGUUUGUGCAAUUUAUGGAGAGUAUAAAGUGAUUAGACAGUGUGCUCUCACAAGUAACACCCAAUAGAAAUAGUGUCUAUGGCUCCUAGAUGUUCUAAUGACUAUUCGAAUUAAUAGACUAUGUAAAUUUUUAUAUUCCUAAUUUUGGGUCCACUAUGUUUCUUUUCUUUUCUUUUAGAAACAAAGUUGGAAAAAGACACGUAACUAAAAAAGUUGUUUCAUGUUUUCCAUCAGGCUCAU